UAGCGGGGAGCCUCUCUUAGGAGCCCUCCAAUGUUUGCAGAGCCCUGUCCUCUGAAACUUGCCCGUGUCUACUCGGCUUUUGUCACAAUAUUUGUCUUCACUAAACUCAGCAUCGGGAUUCAACGUUAAACACAAAACCGCCCGACCGUGUCAUAAUUCGCGUAAGACCCAACUCGAGAUCACAUGUCGAACUUCUGAGAGCUUUAUUAGAUAAGAGUUAAAUGUGGUAUUGAUUAGCUAACCCUUUAUCGCUGACAAGAUCCGUCUAACUUUCCCAAUUCGGGGACCGACAAUUCGAAAUCGCUUUUAGCAAAACAAGUAUUAAUGUUGUAUCGGCGUCCCGGCACGGUAGGCGGGCGUCGCGCAGUCUACGGGAGCCUUCAGGCGCCCCCGCCCCGGCCAGUUUCGCCCGCGCGCCCGACGCCGCGCCACGUCGCUCGCGCCGCCGCCCCUGAAGCCACACACCAACCCUCUCCUGACAUAACCGCACUUAUAAAAACACAAUCUAAGAAUCGCUGUCCGUUCCCGACGCGACUUUCUCACCUGUGGCUGCGUACGUACGAACGCGCGUGUCCUGAACCCGACCGGGAAGUGACCUACCAAUAUUUACGUUUGGAUUGAGAUGAAUGAAUGUAGGUAAAUAAUGGAAUGAAUUAGGUUAACGCCAAUUGUGGUCGGAACAUGUGAAAUGUCUCAGUGUUUGCUCUGUAUUACGUCCGAUAUCUGACUGCCGAGUGGAUUGUAAUAAUCGUGGGAUUUGCCUGAAAGCCGUCUACAUAAUGCACACUUCCGUUCACGAAGAUUACAUUGGAGGUUUUAAAGGAGCCGGGCGUUAAUGUUUCUACAAUGUGGAACACGUAGACUGACCCAGUAUCACGAUGGAAGCGUGUUUGCGAGCGCCCGGCGCUAUGCUUUUAGUCUGGCUUUGCUCAGCACUGAUGGCAGUGGACGCCGUCAAAAUUGUCAUAGAACCUCUUCCCAAAGAUCAUGUCCGGGAAUUCACAUGCGGCACACUCUACUACAGAACAUUCUUCAUGGACACGAAAAGGGACACCCUAUACGUUGGUGCUAUGGACCGACUGUAUCGUCUGAACAUGAACAACAUCAGCGCAUCCCAUUGCGAACGGGAUUCUAUAAACCUGGAACCGAGCAAUGUGGCCCAAUGCGUGUCUAAAGGGAAAUCAGAGCACUUCGACUGCCGUAACCAUGUGCGCGUGAUUCAGCCCAUGGGCGACGGCUCCCGACUCUACGUGUGCGGCACCAACGCCCACAGCCCUAAGGACUGGGUGUUAUACUCCAACCUGACUCACCUGCCGCGGCACGCGCGGACCCCAGUGCCGGGUAUCGGGAUGGGAGUCGCUAAGUGCCCGUACGAUCCGGCGGACAACUCCACGGCCCUGUGGGUCGAGAGAGGGAACCCGGGAGACCUGCCUGCGCUCUACUCCGGCACCAACGCGGAGUUCACUAAGGCCGAUACAGUCAUCUUCAGAACCGAUCUGCAUAAUUUGACGACGGGACGACAAGAGUUUGCGUUCAAGAGGACGCUCAAGUAUGACUCCAAAUGGCUCGACAAACCGAACUUCGUUGGCUCCUUCGACGUCGGCGAGUACGUGUUGUUCUUCUUCCGCGAGACGGCCGUGGAGUACAUCAACUGCGGCAAGGCGGUGUACUCGCGCGUGGCGCGCGUCUGCAAGCGUGACACCGGCGGCAAGAACAUCCUCAGCCAGAACUGGGCCACAUAUCUCAAGGCGCGCCUCAACUGCAGCAUCCCUGGGGAGUUCCCGUUCUACUUUAAUGAAAUACAGAGCAUCUACAAGGUUCCCGGUGACGACAGCCGAUUCUACGGCGUGUUCACAACCGCCUCCACCGGGCUCAUGGGCUCCGCCAUUUGCACGUUCACCAUCGGCGACAUCCAGAAGGCCUUCGAGGGCAAGUUUAAAGAGCAGGCCACCUCCAGCUCGGCCUGGCUGCCGGUGAUCAGCAGCCGAGUGCCCGAGCCGAGGCCGGGAACUUGUGUCAAUGACACGUCGUCGCUGCCGGAUACCGUGCUCAAUUUUAUUAGAUCACACCCACUCAUGGACACAGCGGUAUCGCACGAGAACGAAAAGCCGAUCUACUACAAGAGGGACCUAUUCUUCACGCGCCUGGUGGUGGACCGCGUGAAGGUCGACAUGAUGGGCCACCAGCUCGACUACACCGUGUACUAUGCUGGCACAAAUGAAGGGAAAAUUCACAAGAUAGUUCAAUGGACCCGAAACGGCGAUAGCCAAUCUGCUCUGCUGGAUAUUUUCGACGUAACGCCUGGAGAACCCAUUCAGGCAAUGGGUAUAUCCCGCGUGCACGGUUCGCUGUACGCCGCAUCGGACCGGCGCGUUCUGCAGCUGCGGUUGGCGCUGUGCGCGCGCCGCUACGAUGCAUGCGUGCGCUGCGCGCGCGACCCUUACUGCGGCUGGGACCGCGAGGCUUCCGUUUGCAGGGAAUACGCGCCAGGAUUGAUUCAAGACGUGGCCAACGAAACGGCGGAUAUUUGCGACUCCUCCAUAGCCCGCAAGAGCGUGUCGGCGACUUGGGGCCAGAGUCUGCACCUCGGCAGCUUCAUCAAGAUGCCCGAGGUCCUGCAACCGCGAGCCAUCACCUGGUACCACUACUCCAGGGAGAAGGGACGGCACCCAAUCACGUUCAAUAAACCGGAGAAAUACAUCGAGACCUCUGAGCACGGUCUGCUGAUCAUCUCCGUCAGUGAGAGCGACGCUGGACGCUACGACUGCUGGCUCGGCGGUUCUCUGCUCUGCUCCUACAAUAUCACCGUCGACAUCCACAGAUGCUCUCCCCCGGAGAAGAGUAACGAGUAUCAAAAGAUAUAUUCUAAUUGGUGCCAUGAAUUUGAGAAGUAUAAAACUGCCAUGAAGACGUGGGAGAGGAAACAGGAGCAAUGCGCGAGACUGAACGACUCGAAUCAGAAUACACACCCGAAUGAGAUCGUGUGAUAGCUUCUGAACAUCGCCUAUCUCAUGUUUCAAUCCGUGAACUACUACGCGGGUGCCAUUCCGGUGCCCUACGUCUCUGCCGGCCUCAGCCACUUCAUCCUGUCUUGAGUGCCAUGCCAGCGCUGGUACCAUGCUAGUACCCGUAGUGACCACUAGUGACCCAAAAAAGUGACUCCCUCUAGCUUUUGUAAAGACAUAUUGAAAUUAACGUUAAGGACAGUGCCCGCUCCCGAAAUGGGAACAUGAGAAGGUGAUUUAGACUCUCGAAAUUUAUAUGGACAUUUAUCAUUAUUAAAUUAAAUCGAACGGUAAAUAUGCGCGUCGCGCUAUGCUUGUUGGGAAUGGAUUGUAAAAAGAUUUAGAGAGCGAAAUUCUCAUUAUUAUAAGUAUGCUUUGUUCGUUGGGUAAUAGGAAAAUUGUUACACUACGAAAAUGGAAUUAAUUUUUAUAAUUGCCUACUCGUAUUAAGUAUUAUGCAAUUAUAUUUAUUGACUGCUGCCGUUCAUUGUCGUAGUGGAUAUUGAGAGUAUUUAUUAUUAUUUGUGUCCCUAGAUCCAUGUACCUAGUUUAUUCAAAGCUUAUUUAAUACUAGAUUAUUUGAAGUGUUGACGUGUAUGGUCUGGCUCUGUAUUUUAUUUUGCGGGUUUAUGGCAAACUAUGCCUUGCAAUUUCCACACGAAGCAAACUUUAAUUGGCAGCUAUAAAAAACGAGUAAAAUGCGAGCUUGUAAAUUGUAUAAUCGAUCGAUGCUUAGGACGGCUUGUUACAAGCCGCCCGUAAUCGUAAAUAAAAAAUGUCUCUGACAGACGCCAAUGCACCACAAAAUGCUAUUAAAUUUGCUCUAUUUUACUCCAUUCUAUUUUAACCAACCUGCAUCAAACAUUGAAAAGCAUGGCCGUAACGCCUAUGUAAAGUGUGGUAUCGGAAUAAUGUAGUCCACUCGUCUAUAUAACGACUGCUAUUUUAAAAAUCUAUAUUUGUACGUAAGGUAAUUUACAAAAACUAUAUUUAUCAGCCGAAACGCGAUGUAACAACUCUAGCAGUGUUGCGUACUCGAUGGACGGUGCCCAUUGAAUUGCAGUGUAAUCGAAAUGAGUACAGGUGCAGUAUUACGCUGCCAAUUUAAAAAGAUCAUUAACAUUGCGGUUCGAGUAUAACGUUCGUCCUUUUUAAAUGGCAGGGUAACCGCACGGGGCCGACGCGCUAUAGCUUCAAAUCUCUGAGGGUUGUGGGAGGGUUCGCCUCAUUAUUUUUCCCCUAUUUUGUGUAAAUAGUUACCUAAUUUGGUUCUGUAAUAAUAUAAGUGUACGUACGUAUAGUAUGCACGUCCCUAAAUAUAAUGAGUAUAAUUUAAGCCUGUGAUAUAUAAGAAACAUGUUUAGAAAGUAAUUUUAAAUGGUCGAGAAGUGGAGUAAAUCGCUGUUGUCGUAUAAUUUUCUCAUCGUCAUAAAUAUUUUUCAGGGUAAUUUUUUUAUUAGUAUAACGUUUUGAUGUGACUGUUUUACGUAUGUGUACCUAUUUCCUUUGUAUAUCCAAAUUGUUUAAAUACAGGUUAGCCAACUUAAAGUAACAAUAUUAGUGUAAUUUAUUCCACAGUAUAGCUUAUUUAAACAUAUUAUAUUAUAUCGAACUUUAGCAGCAAUAAUUCAGAUACUAAAUGUCAACAAAGUUCUUUCUGAUAUUUAUGGAUCAAAGAUUAAUAUUAGAAAUAAUUUAAUAUGAUGUAGACGGUGUUUUAAGAAUUUAUCUCCGCAUAUUUUUGUACAAAACUCGAUCCUAAUAUCAGUGACGAGUGGGUUAAUGUUAAACGUUGGAAAUAGUAAAAGAGCAAUAAGUUUAAGAACAGCUAGGUAGCGUCUGGAUUUAUUUCACUUAUUUGGUGACAGAUUGUGAUUUUGACGACUACAAUCACUAUCAUUAAUGGUCACUUUUCUAAAUAUUGGCAAUCUCGCCGAAAAACUUCAAUGUUUUACUUGAAGCGCAAAAUGGCCAUUUACUUAGCAAAAUCUUUGCAAUGUCACAAGUCGUCAAUAAAUAAGGUUGAAUACGGUACUUAAAACUGUUUCAAAGUCAUCACAAGACAUGAAGCCCACUCCGGUAUACGGCUCGAUUCCAACCUUAAGAUACGUCAUUUAAUAGAUCUAGAUACGAUAUGGAUUAGAUAUGUCGGUGUCAAAUGUGACGUUUCUUCAAACAAAAACACCACUUUUGACACUGACACAUCUAAUCUAUUAAUUGACGUAUCUUAAAGUUCUAAUCGGGCAGAUGGCUCCGGCCACACGCCAGCUAUCAUCCUCACUAGUAUUGGGACUUCAGUCACCAUAUCAAACAUUAACUUUACCUACCUAAGAGCUUGUAUAUAUUUAACGAUCAUCAUCAUAACGAUCAUUUUACAUAGGUAGCGGUGGAUUACAAAUUUACAAACGAAUUGCAUUUUAUAAAAUUAUAUCAUACAUAUUUUUUCUAGAGAUAUAUUGAUGGAAUGCCAUUAUUAAGGUUUUUUCAGCUGCCACAAUGCCAUAGCAAGUAGAAUACUAGUACCACUGCCAUUCGCUUCUAGUUUCACAUGACUCUCAUGCCCAUUCCUGUCGAGAUCUUUGCGUUGACAUGACAUGAAAUAGUAGGUAGAGAAGAGUAGCCGUAGUAGAAACAAAUUCUAAAUAGUAGACAUAGAUAUGUUGAAUAGCGAACUCAUGUUGAUUUCGCAUUUAUCUUAGGGCGUACUGUUACAAGCACAUUUGAUGGAACAAUUGCAGUUAAAAUGGCAUGUAUAAAUUAUUAAAAAAUUAAAAUGUUAAUUGUCAGUAUUGCAAGAUCCAAAUAAACAACUCAAUUGUUUUGUCCAGUUUUUUUAAACACGUCCGAUAAAGUAGACAUUUCAGCUGUUUGAAUUUUUGAAACAGUCCGCCCUUCACAAUUUUAAACCAAGAGUAUUAUGUUAUAAUUCAUAAUUUAUUAUACGACAAUGUUAGCUAAGGCUAUCCGAUUUUUAAGCUUAAAAUCAAAGCAGAAAUCAGUAACCGCUGUAGACUUAGACUCAUUAGGUGCUUCGACAUUUAAGGAUUAGUUUUGCAAAUACUUUAUGAUAUAUUUCGGACUUUUCUCAUAUCAUGUACAUACAUAAAUCGAAAUAGAUAUAAAGAAUCUUAAAAAUAUCUGAGCUUCGUCGUUUAUUAUAUUAGCUAAGAUUCGGUACUUAAGUAUUUUAGUGGUUACUCAAACUACGACGCCCCUGCGGGAUGUCUUGCGCAAUAAUUAUAACUAAUUACUAUUACCUGUACUAAUCGAGUAGGUAGCUCUGUAAAUUUCACAUGUUACUAUACUGUAUUAAGUUAAAAUUCAAAUGUAGUGUUAAGAUUUUAUAUAAUAAAUCUAUGAAAUGUAUCUCUCA